CCCUAGCGAGCUCCACCCCCAGCGCCGCCGCCGCCUCCUCUGCGCCCCAAACCCUAGCUCGCCCGCAGCGCCGCGGCCUCCUCCCUCCCAUCCUCCACCGGCAGCCAUGGCGACGGAGCUGGCCUACGCGCCGCCCAUGAAGUCGGGCAAGCUCGGGUUCGAGGGAACCCAGGAGGUGCAGCACCGCAUCCGCAUCACCCUCUCCUCCAAGUCCGUCAAGAACCUCGAGAAGGUGUGCUCGGAUCUGGUGAAGGGCGCCAAGGAGAAGCAGCUCAAGGUCAAGGGCCCCGUCAGGAUGCCCACCAAGGUGCUCAACAUCACCACCAGGAAGUCCCCCUGUGGAGAAGGUACCAACACCUGGGAUCGGUUUGAGAUGCGGGUGCACAAGAGGGUGAUCGACCUCGUCAGCUCCCCCGACGUCGUCAAGCAGAUCACCUCGAUCACCAUUGAGCCCGGCGUCGAGGUCGAAGUGACCAUCAGCGACCAGUAGUUAUGCUACCCCAUGAUAUGUGUCUUUAAAUCUUUCUACAAGGGUGGAGAGACACCAGCGUACCAAGAUAUUUUUGAAACUUUCUGUAGUAUGAGAACUGGGUUUUGUAUGACUAGGUUCUUUGCUUCGUGAUUCUAAGUGCCUACUGUCCUAAAUUAUCUGUCAAUUUUCGUUCGUUGCCCUGUUGUGUGUGCCGGGUUGAAUGUUUAUACAUGGAUCGCUAUUUAUCUA